GAUGAGGAGAGCUUGGGGGCAGCGGGGGGGCGCCCGGCGGGGGCCGCAUUCAGGCCGCGGAACGGAACGGGCCGCGGCGCAGGCCGGGAAGAGGACGGAGGCCGGAGGCGGAAGCGCGAGCGGGAGAAUAAAAGCGGCGACUGACGAGAAGAUCGUCCUCUUUUGUCGUUGUGUUUAUUCUCUUGGGGAGGAGGAGCUUCACGAACCGAUCCGGCCGAGCACCUGUCACCACGAGCGCGAGUAGACAGAGCAGCGCGGGUCCGAGUCACUGGCCUCUCGCCCGACGAGAGCGGUGUCCAAGUACGAGACCGAGUGCAUGAAGACAGGCAGCCGCGGGGAGUUAUCUUACGACGCGAUCAACUGUUUGUUGUGGGGAAGCCGCAUAAAAAAGAGCUCUUUAAUUGCAGAAACAGAAGCAGAAAAGGAAAGGACCGGACAGGAAGGCAGAGCCGCGAGCUAGCGAUCGAGGACAGAGGAGCGAGCGAGCGAGCGAGGGACGAGCGUGGGUCUCGGCUGCUGCGCCCGCGAAGGAUCGGGAGAAUUUGAUUGUUCACGCUUUUGUCACAGUCCCAGGGAGGAACAACGGUGCACAGACAUCCGAGAAUCAUAGAUUCUGUACGUAAUGCGGAUUGCUGCCUGUGCGGGCAUCAUCGGCGUCAGUCGCAGACGCUGAAGGGCGAAGGGUGAAGGGCGAAAGGUGAAGAAGGAAGCAGGCGGAGGCGGGGCUUCUUGUGCGCUCUAUACCUCUCGCGCGUUCCCAGCUGCUGCAUGCGUUUCUCCACGCUGCUCAGGCGACGUGCUUCGCUGCUCUGUGGGACUGAGCUGCGGCGGGAAUCGGCUUCAGGCCAGAGCGUCUGGAGCGAGUGAGACGGUCGCGCAUGCUGCUUCACUUCGCAUUGCCGAUUUUGAGUAAAAAAAACUUUAGGCGAUCAGCGUUUGCGAGCCCAAUUUUGGUCGACUAAUCGGUAGGAGGAGGAUUGCGGAUUCAAUCGCAGGAAGGCGGAGCAGUUUUAGACAGGCGGGAUCCUGGCAUCGAGCUUCGAGUUUAGCGUCCGGUAGCAGCUGAUCAGAUCAGAGCAUAGACAGACACGACCUGCGCCAAUCGAAUUCUGUAGCGUAGGAGGCCGGGUGAGCAGUUCGAAUCGGUUAGAGCAGAUAGUCCAGCCGCGCAGGCUAGCACAUUUCGCUGAUCAUGGCGGGGAACGGGUCCUUGUUCUUGGAGCCUCUGAGCUUCGAGAGGGGCAUGAAUUUCAUGAUGAAGGUGGAGAGCUCGUUCGAGAAAGAGAAAGAAUUGAUUGCAGAGCUGGCGGUGGUGCCCGUGAUGAAGGUUCUGUGCAUGGGAGCAUUGGGUACGAUCUUGGCUCAUCCCAAGAUCGACCUAAUCAAGCCCCUCACCACCAAGCUCCUGAGCAAGCUCGUGUUCGCGCUCUUCCUGCCUUGCCUGAUUUUCACCGAGCUCGGCGCCAUGGUAACCUUCGAGAACAUGCUGAACUGGUGGUUCAUACCGGUGAACGUAAUUCUCAGCACCAUCAUCGGGUGCUUUGUGGGCUUCCUUGUUGCCGUAAUGUGCCGACCUCCCCCACGAUUUUUCCGGUUCGUCAUAGUAAUGACAGGCGUGGGCAACACUGGAAACAUCCCCCUCGCAAUCAUAGGCGCCAUUUGCCACAGCAAGAAUGCACCUUUUGGAACGAAUUGUAAUCAGGUUGGAGUUGCUUAUGUUGCUUUUUCCACUUGGGUUGCGGUGAUUAUUGUGUACACCUUUGUGUAUCAUAUGCUUGAGCCGCCGGAGUACGACGAGCUUCCCGUUUUGGUUGGUGGUCAUGGGGCGGACGAUGAGAAUCAGUUGUUGCUGACCGACGAAAUUGGUGCAGUGGAUUCCGAACAGGGGAUUGCCAGGGCCGAACAUCCUUCCGUGCUGGAGGCUGAAUGGCCCGGUCUGCGAGCGGCCCACAACGAGAAUUUCCGCACGCCCAUUCUGAAGCAGAUUUGGCGUGGAGUAUCGAUGACUUCCCAGGUCUCGACCGUGUCUGACGAUGAUGAGGUUGUGGCGAAGAAAUCCGCCUGCAUGAAAGAGCCCAGGAUGGUGAGGAGACUCCGACGGGUAGCGAAGCGAACUCCGCUCGAGCACAUUCUGCAACCUCCCACAAUUGCGUCUCUUCUGGCCAUCGCUGUGGGAUUGUUCCCGAAAUCCAAGGCAGUGCUGUUCGGAGCUGAUGCCCCUCUCGGGUUUCUCGAUGACAGUCUCGACAUUCUUGCGCUGGCCAUGGUGCCGUGCAUCAUGCUGGUUCUGGGAGGAACUCUCUCUGGAGGGCCUGGAAAAUCGGAGCUCGGGCUCAAAACAACCAUCGGAGUCUGUGUCGCACGUUUGCUCGUGUUGCCCAUAAUCGGGAUUGGCGUCGUCCAAGGAGCGACGAACAUGGGAUUCGUCCCAGCCGGAGACCAGAUGUUCAAGUUCGUCCUGUUCCUGCACUACACCAUGCCCACGGCCAUUCUGUGCGGCGCUAUGGCAAGCUUGAGAGGAUACGGCGAAUCCGAAGCUGCGGCAUUAAUGUUCUGGCAACACGUUCUGGCUGUGUUCUCGAUCACUUUAUACAUAGCAGUGUACCUCAAUCUCCUGUCAUACAUCUGACCAAAUCGCUGAUCACUUCGAGUCCUGACAUGGAGAACACCGAGCGUGAUUUCUGCUAUUUGAGUUGUUGCACUAUGUAUAGAGCUUUGACGACAAGCUACGAGCAUUUGUUCUGCGAUGAUGAGAUCAAGGCUUGGUUGAAAGCCUAUCCAAUUUUCCUUGACAUUCUUAGCUACUGGAAUACCAGAUCUACGUCAGCACUCCCUCGCACACGGUUCAAUCCUUCAAGGGGGUGGUGUCUAUGCACUUGACGACUCAGGCUGCAGGGAGUCGGCUUGCGAUCGAGAUGAGGCGAUCGCUGCAGUACUGCCUGCGUUGUGACUGAUUUCAGUUUUUAUGACGUGCUCGUGACACGAACCAUCGGAUGCUUUGGGUGCAGUUUUAAGAAACUUCUGCCCAGUAGAACGCAGCUCUCUUGUGUAAUUUGGAGCUGCCUAUGGUAACUUGGAGCUUCAGACAGCCAGUAGAGAGAAACUGUCUUCUGAUAGUCAGAGGAAGACAGCCUACUGAGGUUCUGUUAUGCGCUGAGUUUUUCAUAUGGCGAACCGAAUUCGCAGGAAUUCAUGGACGAAGGCAAAGUCGUGAAGAAUCAGUCCCUCUGGCAUGAGUGAUUCUUUGAGAUUCAAGAACCCGUGAAGAACUGCCUGCAUUGUUCAAGAAUCCACUUCACUCUGCAGCCUAAAAGUCUCUAACACUAGACACGCGGCACAGGUCCAAUGCAAAGCGCCACAAGGCUAGAACCUCCGGGACCGUAGUGACACCACAAGUACUUGAAUUAUUCCAGUCGAUAUGCUUUUUGCUCCCAAGAGCGGAGGAUGCUUUGCAGAGUUUGUAUCUGACUGAGAAGGCCUUAGAUUCGAUCAAUUUUCAUUAUAUAAGGAAGUUACAGCUUCCUCGAAAACUUUAGUUAUACCAGUGGUUGCUGUAGUGGUCCAGAGCUCUUUGACAUGUUAACAUAUUUUUUGGCCCGCUAGUCCCAUUCUACAGCAGAGCAAUAAACGAAGACUGCGAUUUGUGUCUU